ACGAGAGAGGCACAGAGCUGCACUCUCGCGCACACGCACACACGCUCCCGCGCAGCGCUGCGAGCCAGAGCAUCGCUCCUCCGGUGGCACAGCUCACUUCUUUCGCCGAACCCCACAAACGACGUGGUGCUGGGACUGCGAAGUUGCUCUAAGGAGCCGGGAUCGAUCGCGGCGCACACCUGGAUAAGCGCGGAGGGAGCAGCGAAGGGACCAGAGCGCGUCGGUUUGGAACGCGAACAUCAUGCUCGGCAAGCAGCACAUGCUCCUCGCCCUGUACGGCAUCUGCGGGAUCCUGCUGAAAGCGGCGGCAACGAAAAACAAAGUGAAAGGAGCCCAAGGCCAGUUCCCAAUUGUCCAGAAUGUGACGGUGACAGAGGGAGGGACGGCCAACCUGACCUGUCGCGUGGAUCAUAAUGACAACACCUCCCUCCAGUGGUCAAACCCAGCACAGCAAACCCUCUUCUUCGGGGAUAAGAAAGCUCUGAGAGACAACCGGAUUGAUCUGAUCCGAGCCUCGUGGCAGGAGCUCACUAUCAGCAUCCGCGAGGUGACUCUGGGAGACGAAGGGCUAUACACUUGUUCCCUCUUCACCAUGCCUGUCAAAACAGCCAAGGCCUAUCUGACUGUACUGGGAGUACCAGACAAACCAGAGAUCAACGGUUUUACUAAGCCAGCUAUGGAAGGAGACCAGAUCACCCUGACAUGUGUGACUUCGGGCAGCAAGCCAGCCGCAGACAUCAGGUGGUUCAGGAACGAGAAGGAGAUUAAAGGGGCAAAAGAGGUUAACGCCAGCGGGAAGACAUUCACGGUCAAGAGCUCAGUGCAGCUUCAGGUGGACAGGAAUGAUGACGGUGUGGCCUACACAUGUAAAGUGGUCCAUGAGGCACUGAGGUCUGUUCCACAGCAAACAACCGAGGUGCUGGAAGUGCACUAUGCCCCUCAUGUGGAGAUCAGGCAUUCUCAAUCACUCCCACAAGAAGGAGAUCUUCUCAAACUGGAAUGUGUGUCUAAUGGAAACCCCUCGCCAGACCCAGUGAAAUGGACGAAAGAUGGAGGCAAACUGCCAGACUUGGACCGAAUGAUUGUGGACGGCAGAGAUCUCACUUUCAUAUCCUUAAAUAAAACGGACAAUGGCACCUACCGCUGCGAAGCCAGCAACCAUCUGGGCACCAACCAUGCUGAAUAUGUGCUCUUCGUGUAUGAUGCCCCCACUACACCCUCUCCAUCCACAACUCCUCCCCCUGUAGCCAUCCUCCCAGACACCACAGAUCCAUUAGACAUCAAGCAGUCCGACUCUGCAGUCACCGGUCAGAGAGAUCCUAAUGCUUUGGGACAGCAUGUUCCAGAUCACGCUCUGAUUGGUGGAGUAGUGGCUGUUGUUGUCUUUGUCACCCUUUGCUUAAUCAUCGUUCUGGGCCGAUAUCUGGCACGACAUAAAGGCACAUAUUUGACAAACGAGGCCAAAGGAGCGGACGAUGCCCCCGAUGCAGACACAGCCAUUAUCAACGCAGAUGGUAACCACGCACACACAGAGGAAAAGAAGGAGUACUUCAUUUAGACUGCGCUCCACUCGCCUCUCUCUCUCUCUCUCUAUCUCUAUCUCUCUCUCUAUCUCUCUCUCUCUCUCUCAUUCCCUGCUCCAUGUAGGAACCUUGUCUGGCAGCAGUGGAAGUUUCUUCUUUACUCAUGUCCUAUGUUCUUUGCACUUUUUAAUUGCAUCUGUGUUUUUUUUUUUCUUUUAUCAGCUUGUCCUGAAUUUCACCUGCUACUUUUUCCAGAUAUAGCUGCUGAUGAUCUUUGCCUUUUUUUAUUAGUCAAAUUGUUCACAUUGUGUCUGUAAAAAAGUGAAUCGUUGGCCAAACCACCUGAAUACAAUUCAAUACUUCACUUCAAUUUCUUUCAGAAGUCCUCCACCAUCACUUUCUCACAGUGCCUCAAUAUAAUAUACAGACAUCCAUCUGAGGUUUUAGUCGAUGCCUUCAGUUGGGUCGAGUCUUUUAGGAUUGGCUGCUCGCUUUUUUAUCUUCAGCACUAUUACAAACGCAGUAUCAUCUCUAAUGUAUAUAUGUAUUUUUGUUUCUUUUUACUCUUUACAGUCCAUUCCAACAUUGUUGUAAUUUUUCUUCAAUUAAAAAAAUAUAUAGGAAAUCAUUUUCUUAAGAAAAGUAGCUGAUACCCGUUUUAACUUACAGAAAACUGCUGAUCAGUGAUUAGUGUGUGUUCCAUAGUGUGAGUGAAGAUUUACGCAAUCAGACUGAUAGCUCACACUCGUAUUAACCAGUAUUUGUACCUGAAAUGUAGAUAUUGGCAAGAAGCCUAUAUGAUAGUUCAAGGGUCAUGAAGCAUAAUUAAAUACUCCCAUGUUUUACAUCAUCAGAAAAAUAGCUAGUAUGGUAGAAGGCCAGGGGUUGUAGGCUGAGGACACACCAGUGACUUUAAUGAAGUUUCCAUUUUUUUUCUAUAUUCAUCAAGUUGCUGUGUCUAUGUGAAAUACUGUGUCUCUGGAUCAUCUGUAUAUUCCUGCACUGUCUCACUCACACUACAGGAUACAAUGGCUAUGUUCACAUUACAGACUUUUAUGCUCAAUCCCUCAACUAUUCACAUCUGCUUGUCAUUUAAAUGAACAGAUUUCUGGCUUGGAAAAGACUAGUAGGCACACAUGUUAAAAAAUAUAUAUAUCACACAUGCAUGAUUCAGCAAAAAAAUCACAUUUUUAAAGCAGUCCAACAUUAUAAAAAGAGACUAUAUAUGUGAAAGGCAAAAAUAGCUGUAGAUGAUACAUAAUAUAAUAUGACAGUUUUCCUCUGGUUUCCCAAAAGAAUACGUUAAAAUCAUCUUAUACCACAGUGCUUAUGAAUGCUCAAAUCUGAUUAGACAGAAAGUGUUGAUUAAUUUUCUAUAAGAGUAUCUCUAACAAUAGUGCUGGCUGUAAUACAAAUCAAAGGUUUAUAUUAAUGUACUCGUUCUAAAACUUCAUACUAUCAUUUAUAUGGUAACAUCUCAUUCACAGAGAUGUUGGCAGAUGUUCCAUAUGCAGUGAUUUUGGGAAACUCAGCAGAGAUUUGUAUCCAUUUGUAUCUGGAGCCACAUAUGAAAGUGGCCCAAAUACAUAAGGAUAUUAAAAAGAUCAGAUUUUGAGUAAUUUUAUCUUAACAGACAAACAAACCACCAACAAUCUGUCAGUUGAGUGUCAGGAAUCAGAAUGGAUUUCUAAAUAUGUCACCACUUUUAGCAACAGAAUAUACAUUUCCUACUAAUAAGUAUGCCUUCAACAAACUCUGUAUAGACUGUAGUCUCUCAGCAGCUGCUUGCUGAUAAAUAUUUAUGAGAAUACUAUCACCUUAUAGUGCCAACCAACUAUCACUAGACACUCAACAAACUAUCGGAUAGGACAUUUCAGUGAUAUUGGACUGAUAUUUAGUGCAUAGUUACUUGAAAAAUAGAUCUGAAUAGUGUUGCUGAUUUUUACAUUCAUGCAGCUUAUGAAAAACAGACCUGUGUCACAUGUAGGCACAAAAAAAAAAUUUUUUUUUCAUCCUGUAAUGUGAACGUAAUCAAUCACUGCAUUGCCAUGGACAUAUGUUUAUUGCUAUGUACCCACCUCUGCAGUUUACAUGAACAUCAAUCAUGAAUAUUUUAAAUUAUAAAUUAUCAGUCAUAUUCAAUUACAGGAACACAAACUAAGUGUAACAGGCUCUUUGUCUAAACUUUGUGACAAUGUUCAAACAUAAUAAUAAUCAGUCCAGAAAGUCAUGAUGGUGUUCCAUGCAAUUUAGUGUCAGCUUUUUCUCCUUUCAACAUCUUCAUCUGAUAAAUAAAUUCAAUGUAGAAGCACAAGAGAGUUUGGACUCACAGAGUUAAAGAGUGACUGUUAGAUAACACACACUGAUUAUGGCAGUAUGUGACGAUUCGGAAACAUCACUGAAAUUAAUCUGAACUUUUGUACAUCAGUGAACAUGAUGUAAAACAUAUAUUAUGGUCAUUAUAUCUCAUCUGACAUUGAUGAAUGAUUGCAGUGUUUUUUGAAAUAGUCUACGUCUUUUUCUUUUCCUAUUCCUUCUUUUGGAUUUCUGUAAUAAAUAGGCGCCCUUGUUAAUAAGGCUGUAUAUUACAUCUGCUUAAUGUAGUAAAUAGUGAAAAUUGUUGUCAGACAUUGGGACCCCACAUAUCAAGAAGUUUGUAUAUGAGCCUAUUAUUCACAUUAAUUAAAAUUAUGGUUUCUCUUU